AUGUGGCUGUACCUGGCAGCCCUCGCAGCUGGACCUGCGAGGCUUGAGGGUGCUGGCCACGUGUCUGACGGAGGAGGGGGCCCAGCAGCUGAGAGGCCAGACGUCAGACAGGCUGGAGAUGGUGAUCCUGGACGUCACCAAGACAGAGAGCAUCUCUGCAGCCGCCCAGUGGGUGAAGGAACGUGUGAGGGACAGAGGAGGGAGCUCUCCUACUUUGGAGUGAAGGUAGCUGUGAUCGAGCCUGGUUACUUCAACACUGAUGUCACCAACCCUGAGAAGAUUUCUAGGUCCACCCAGGAGGCAUGGGACCGGCUCAGCCCGGAGGUGAAGGAGCUCUAUGGGGAGAAGUUCCUGGCAUCUGGUGAGUGA